AUGUCGCAUGAUUCUUCUUACGUCGCCAAUCUUUGUCCUCCCCUCGUGGACCCAAAAACGUGGGGCAACAAAAGGGCACGGGCUCUGAAACGAGUGCUUCUAGAAAUUUUCCUCGGCGCGCAGUCGGGCAAGGACUUUGAGUUCAAGUCGUGGACGGCGAGCGGCGCGCCCGACAAGUGCUCCAAGUACCGCGGAGUGAAGUGCGAUGCGGAGGGCAAGAUCGUCGCCAUCAACGCCACGACUGCCCGCCUCGUGGGGCCCAUCGACGUACUCUCCUCGCUCGACCAGCUGCAACGCCUCGAUGUGAGUUACAACGGCGACGUGGAGGUGCUGCCGCAGUCGUUCACCAAGCUCAAGAAGCUCAUCCACCUCAAUGUGUACGACUGCUGGAUCAAGGGGCGCAUUCCGUCCUUCCUCGGCCAGCUCACGGCCCUCACAUACCUGAGCGUUGGUGGUAACCCGCUAGAGGGUGCUGUCCCAGCCAGCCUCGGCAACCUUGUCAACCUCGUCUUUCUCAACCUGGCUGGAACAGGGGAGGACGGCAUAGGAGGGGCCUUGCCGUCGAGCUUUGCCAAUCUGAAGAAGCUCAAAGAGCUCUAUCUGCGCAACAACCGCUUCAGCGGGCCUCUGCCGGAGUACAUUGGCUCUUUCACCAACUUGGAGCGCCUCACCGUGAGCAAGAACUACUGGGAGGGUUCCAUUCCCAAGACCCUGUCGCAGCUCAAGAAGCUCAAGUACCUCGGUCUGAUGGAGACCGCUUUUGAGGGCGAGAUCCCAACGUUCCUGGGCACACUUGGUCAGCUCACAUACCUCUCUCUGUCUGACACGCGGCUGUACGGGCAGGUGCCCAAGGCGCUCAGCGGACUGGCGAAGCUAAAAGAGCUGUACCUCAACAACGGGUGGUACUAUGGCCCCCUGCCUGAUCUGAGCGGCCUCAAGCAGCUCACCCUCAUUCAGUCUAGAUCAACCACGUCCUGCCUGCCUGCGCACUCCUUUCUUUCCCUGUCUUGCCUGUAUUCAUCCCGUGCUUAUGUUUGCAUUCUUUCACUGCCCUUCGGGUCAAUUGCCUCUCUGCAUCCCACCUCUCUGCCUUCUCUCAUUUUCUUCCUCACCUGCUUCUUUCCAAUACUCCUCAUCUCUCCACCUUCCACCACCCACUCCCCACCCCUCAGCGACCUUUCUGGCAACUAUUUCUCAGGCCCCAUCCCGGCCUUCCUGCAGCGGGUCAAGAAAGUCAACGCGGCAGAUAACUAUUUCUCCGGCUCAGCCUCCUCCCUUCCCUGCUCCGACGACUUCUCCGUCACGGGCAACUGCCUCUCCUCCGUCCCCUCCAAGUGCGGGGGCACCGCGGGCCAGAAGACCACAGAGGAGUGCAACAAGUUCUGUGGGACGGCCACGGCCACGGGGGCGUGUAGCGGCAAGGGCAUGUGCGUGUUGGAUGUGGCUCAGCUGCUCAAAACACAGGCGUAUGUGCCCAUGUGCAAGUGCCAGUCGGGGUACUGGGCUUCGCACCAGAAGAUGCGAUGCUCCAAGAACAACACUUGA